AUGUCCUCAACAGUAACAACAAUAACGCAGACAGUAGUAGCCGUGUCACCGACAUCCUCGACCGACGCAGCUGACGCCGCCAAAGCAUCUGCAUCCUCAGCCGUCCACUCUCUUUCCAAAGCGAUCGCGUCGGCUUCGGCCGCUCUCACAUCCGAAAGCGCCGUUGCUGCAGGCAACGAAGCCAACCCACCAGCCUUCAAGUAUGUUGGUCUCGCACUCGCCGUCGGAUCCGGUAUCCUCAUCGGCUCUUCCUUCGUCUUCAAAAAGAAAGGUCUUCUCGCAGCGCAGAAGAAGUACGAGACAGCAGCAGGUGAAGGACAUGCUUACCUCAAGUCUCCCAUGUGGUGGACCGGUAUGAUUGUCAUGGUGUUCGGCGAAAUCUUCAAUUUCGUCGCCUACGCUUUCGCAGACGCAGUCCUUGUAACGCCGUUGGGAGCUCUUUCUGUCGUCAUCUGCGCCGUCCUCUCUUCCAUCUUCCUGAAAGAGAAGUUGACCCUGUUCGGCAAAGUGGGAUGCUUCCUCUGCAUCGUCGGAUCCGUCAUCAUUGCCCUCAACGCACCUACCUCGCACGUCGGAGGCAAGAUCAUCGAGUUCCAAAAGCUUUUUCUUGCUCCUGGUUUCCUCACAUGGGCCAGUGUCUGCAUCGUCGCUUCGCUCCUUUUGAUCUUUGUCUUUGCGCCCAAAUACGGCAAGAAGCACAUGAUGAUCUACAUUACCGUCUGCAGCCUUAUCGGUGGUCUUAGUGUCAGUGUCACUUCUGGUCUUGGUUCAGCGAUUUUGCUGUCAAUUCGAGGACAGAACCAGUUCAAGCAUUGGUUCAUUUACUUCCUCCUCGGAUUCGUGGUCGUUACACUGCUAGUGGAGAUCAACUACCUCAACAAGGCGCUCGAACUGUUCAACACUGCCACUGUCACACCGACCUACUACGUCAUCUUCACAGGUGCAACGCUGAUUACGUCGAUCAUCUUGCAACAAGGUCUCAACGCCUCAGUGAUUGACAUCAUCACGUUGGUGAUGGGUUUCUUGGUCAUCUGCGCUGGUAUUGUGCUGUUGCAAUUGAGCAAGAUCGAUCCGGACGAAUUGCAGGACAAGCCAGGGAUGGAUCGCGACACCACCUUACUCGUCAGGGCAAGUCAUUCGGUCAUUUCGCAUGGUGGAGAGAAAGCCGAUUCUUCAGCGUAUGAAGAUCCGGGGUUAGACACAGUGCGAGGUGGAAUGGGUAUCGUCGGAUCGAUGAUUCGCGCACGAAGCUCAAGGAGGCUAAGCUCAACUGGGGCAUGGAGACACCACAGUGCAGCAGACGAGUACACCUUGCGCAGUCGCAACAAUUUUCCACUCACUACACACGGUGCCGGCGACAUCGAACGCUACCAGCUCCAGGACGCACCUCUGUCGCCGCCAAGUCGCGCAGAUGGGGGCUUGACAGUUCCCGGAACACCCAGCCAUCGCAAUACCACCAUCUCCUUCGAACCUGGCGCCGACUCUCCUCACGGCCACCACGCAGCUGAUCCAGCCUCUGCCUCUCAGUUCGGCAGCCUCAACAAUCAGCAGCAUCACACACUGCACUCGAUCAAAGAAGCUUCCAACGGCAGUGGUCGUAGCACCAACGCUUCUGCUUCAGCCAACCAGUCUGAGUCGAUACGUUUGCCGAUGUACGUCGACCCUUACGCUCCGCGAUCACACUCCCCUCUCUCGCCCACCAUGCCACGUUCCGAUGCGGCUCCAGAUAUCCGUAACAUGUGGGAGCAAAACGAUAUCGGCUACUCUUCCUCCCCCGCUGCAUCGCCGGAGACAGAAGAGGACGAGUACUCGAUUCGGGCAGUAGCCGCGUCCGCAGCCGAUGGAGAUCGUGGAAGCCAAAGGAGCAAGAAGGACUAUCCUAAGAUUAAGCCUAGGACUGCAUCCAAGUCGCUAGCGAAGGGAAGUAGUGAUGAUGAUGAUGAGGCGGAAGAACUGCUCAGUCCAAGGUUGGGUUACAGAUGA